CGAGACUUGUCCAAAACUAUCGUUGUACUGAUGAGAAAGGACCAAACGCUGUACACGACCGCCUGCUGAACACGGCACCUGUAGAAUAACAACAUUUAAACUGUCUGUGUGUGGCAGAUUAGCCUUCAUGCUGGCUGAUCGUGAAUGGACUUACUCAGGAUGAAUUGUGAACUUCUCGCAACUUGCAGUGCUCUUGGCUAUCUGGAGGGAGACACCUAUCACAAGGAAAUAGACUGUUUGGAGAGUGUGAAAGACUUGAUCAGGUAUUUACGCCAUGAAGAUGACACCCGUGAUGUCCGUCAGCAGCUGGGUGCAGGCCAGAUUGUACAGAAUGACCUUCUACCUAUUAUCAUUCAACAUGGACAAGAUAAAGGCUUAUUUGAUGCCUGCAUCAGGCUCAUGGUCAAUCUCACCCAGCCUGCCAUGCUCUGCUUUGGUAAGGUCCCUGAUGACCCAGUGUUUAGACAUCACUUUUUGCAAGUGACAUCUCAUUUACAAGCCUAUAAAGAGGCAUUUGCCAGCGAAAGUGUGUUUGGCAUUUUAAGUGAGACAUUGUAUAACCUUCUGCAACUGGACUGGGAGCAGAGACAGGAGGAAGAUAACCUGCUAAUAGAGAGGAUCCUGCUGCUGGUCAGGAAUGUACUUCAUGUACCUGCAGACCCCUGUGAAGAGAAGAAAGUGGAUGAUGAUGCCAGCAUCCAUGACAGGCUGCUGUGGGCCAUUCACAUGAGCGGUUUUGAUGACCUGGUCAAGUUCCUGGCGUCGGCCCAGAGUGAGCAGCAGUGGAGUAUGCACGUGUUGGAAAUUAUCUCCCUCAUGUUCAGAGAUCAGACGCCAGAGGCUUUGGUGAGCGCUGGUCAGGCUCGUUCAGCAGAGGAGAAGCAGAGAGACUCUCAGGAGCUGGAGGCACUGAGGCAGAGGGAGCAGGCAGCGAAACGUUCUCGCACAUUACAAAGAGGAACCAGGCACUCUCGCUUCGGAGGGUCGUAUGUAGUCCAAGGUCUCAAGUCAAUCGGAGACAAAGAUGUGAUCUAUCACAGAAAUCUUCAUAAUUUCAAAAAUUACACUCAUGACACAGGCAAAACAGUGAGACGUGUUCCCAAGAGGAACCGACAGGCCAAGGAAUGUAAGGACAAACGCCGUUCAGCCUUAAAUGUGCGACUCUUCCUGCGAGAGUUUUGUUUGGACUUCUUGGAGAACUGCUACAAUCAUCUCAUGUACCUGGUCAAGGAAAGUCUGAUUCGAGAGCAUACUCAGGAACAUGAUGAAAGCUAUUACCUCUGGGCGCUCAGCUUUUUCAUGGCCUUCAACCGUGGCAACGGUUUCCGUGCUGACUUAGUUUCUGAGACCAUGUCCAUCCGUGCUUUUCAUUUCAUUGAGCGCAACAUCACCAACUACUACGAGAUGAUGCUUACUGACCGCAAAGAGGCAACGUCCUGGUCCCGAAGGAUGCACUUGGCUCUAAAGGCAUAUCAAGAGCUUCUGCUCACUGUGAAUGAGAUGGACCGUUCACAGGACGAAAGCAUCCGUCAGAGUUGUAACGUAAUUAAAAGCAACAUAUUCUACCUGAUGGAAUACAGGGAGAUUUUCCUGACGUUGCUGAGGAAAUUUGACGAAACCAGGCAGCCUCACUCUUACCUCAAAGACUUGGUGGAGUCAACUCAUCUCUUCUUGCGCAUGUUAGAACGCUUCUGCAAAGGUCGCAAAAACUUGAUGGUUCAGAGGAGGAAGGUGAGACGGAAGAAGUCACGAGGUGAAAAAAAUCCACCAUCUGUAGAAACUAGUCCCGAAGCCCUGGCGGAGACCUGGAAGAUUGUGGAGGAAGAUCUGAAGACUUCAGGGUUUCAGUUGUCAGAGUCUUUAACUGAAAGCAUCGUGCCAUUCGAUGCCACAUCUGAAACUCCUCUUGAGGAGCAGCGGACUGAGGCUAUGGUGCGAGUGCAGGAUGCCCUGCAGGCUCGACUGGGACCAGAAGCCCUGGGACUGCUGCGUGCUGCCAGGGAGGUGUGGCCAGAAGGAGAUGUGUUUGGUUCAGCUGAUGUGGAACCUGAGGAGGAACUGGAACUCCUCAAGCAGAUCCUGCACGCCAACCUGCCAAGGUCCUCUCCUCCUGAGCCUGUGGUUGAGGAGGAUGAUGACGGAUUAGAGUUAGAAGAAGAAGAGUUGGAGUCUGUCCAGGUUUCUGAAACGGAGUUCAACUUCCUAGACUUUGUCAAGAGGUUUGCCAGCCCCAAUAUUGUGCAUCCCUACCUCCUCCUAUUAAAGUCAUACUCAAAAAACACACCUCACACAAACCAUUGUAUCGCUCGAAUGCUGCACCGCCUGGCUGUCGACCUCAAAAUGGAUGCCCUGCUUUUCCAGCUGUCAGUCUUCAACCUUUUCAACAAAAUCCUGAGUGAUCCCGCUGCAGCUGCUUACAGGGAACUAGUGACGUUUGCCAAGUAUGUGCUGAACCGUUUCUUUUCACUGGCAGCACAAAACAACAAGGCAUAUGUUGAACUGCUGUUCUGGAAAAAUGUGGGAGCUGUACGUGAGAUGACAGAGGGCUACAGCAAAGAAGGAGAGGGAAAGAAACCAGCAUGGACCGAAGAGGAGGAGGAGGAGUUGCGCAAGCUCUAUGAGGAGCACCGCAAUUCUGAAGUGCCAGAUAUAGUGGAGACUUUGCUGCCAUUACUCAGCAACAGCACCCGCACUCGGCGCCAUGUAGUUACACAGCUGGUGCAUAUGGGUCUGGUGGACAACGCUAAGGAACUGAAGAAACAGAAGAAAGGUACCGGGAUUGUACUUUGGAAGGAGGAGCAAGAGCAGGAGCUGCGGAUGCUGUUUGAGGAGUACAGAGAUUCUGACGAUGUGCUGGGUAAUAUCCUGAAGAAGCUCACAGCCAAGCGGUCCCGUGCACGUGUGGUGGACAAGUUGCUCAGCAUGGGCAUGGUGUCUGAGAGAAGAGAACUUUAUAAGAAGAGAAGUCGUAAGGCUCAAGGGAAGAGCGCUGGAAAAGGAAUGACUGAAGAAGAGUUCCUAGUAGGACUAACACAAGGUUCCCCAGAUGAUUCCAUGGACAGAGAUGAUGAAGAGGAUGGAGAGGAUGAGUCCGAAGAGAAUGAUGAAGAGGAAGACGAAGAGCACGAGAGGGAAGAAUCGCAAAAUAGCGCAAGGAGGAGCCAAAGCAUGAACUCCACAGUGGAGAGGAGAGCUGAUGUUGGCACCAUGGUGAAUGCUCUGCAACAGGAAGGCAGGUCUGGACCCCUGUUGUGGCUGCAGAAUUGUCUCAACAGAACGGCAAAUGAUCGUGAAGAAGAUGGUUUGUCCCAGCCUGUGCCACUGGUCCCCCUGACAGAGGCAAAUGAAGACGCCAUGGACAACAAGAGCUUCCAGAGGCUGCUACGCAAACUGGGGAUGCGAGCACCUGCAAAUGAACAGGAGUCUUUCUGGAGAAUCCCAGCAAAGAUCAGCGCAUCCCAACUCCGGAGUGCAGCUGCAGCUCUUAGUCCGAGAGAGGAUGAACCUAAAGGUGGCGAGGAGCAAGACGGGCCCAGGAGUCCAACUGGAGAACCACAGGAGGAGGCGGAGGAGGAGGAGGAGGGGGAGGUCUCAGGUGAACAGAGGGCUCAGGCUCUUAGAGCUCUGCUGCUCUCACGCAAGAGGAAACACCACGCCUCUGAGCAUACAGCUCCUGUGUCAGAUUUCACCCCCGCUGAGGAUACAGAAAGUACAGCUGAGAGGUCCCAAGGUCCCAAGACUUCAGCUAAAAGAAGCAGAAGCAGAGUGUUGGACGAUGAUGAGGAGGAUGAAGAUGACUCCACCAUUGCGAUGGAUAUGGACGGUGAUGCAGAUUCAGACAGGGAGGAUCCCUCUGCUCCUGUGAAGCGUCGACGGAAGAUGGUCUUAAUUGAUGAAGAGGAAGAUGAGGAUUAGUGAUGGCCUUUAAUGGACUGUAAAAACUACGAUCAGGGGAGACAUAGAAGCAGCUCUCUGGAGGGUCUGCAGUCCAGACAAUGGAAAUGCUAUUAAUGGAAUACCAAACAGCCCAAAGGAAUAGGCCCUUAGACCUGCCCCAAUGUGUGCAUAGAUCCUAUUAAACAAUUUAAUUUUGUUAUCUCUUACUAAGCAAUUGAUUGGUGCCUUUAUGAAGUUCUGGUAAAUGAGUUCUGAGUGGUCUUCUCUUUUGUAAGUUCUUUUUCUCUAUUGUUGUCUGAGAAAGUUUUGUAACACAGGAUUUCAUUUAUAACUCAACAAUUUUAUCUUAUAUCUAAAAGUUGUUGAAUGUGUACAAAUACUUUUGUACUUGUUAGUCAUUUCCACUUUUGACUUUGGAUUUCACAGUAAAAUACAGACCUAGUUAAAAAAAAAAAUUAAAAAGAAAACACUUGUCAAAAUAGUGGCUCACUGGGCGCUUUCGUUAUCUCACUUUCUUUUCUCCUGCACUGCGUCGUUUUAAACACUAGAGGGCACUUAAAUGUUGAAUGGUCAGCUUAAAUGAUUACUGGAGCAAUUAACUGGUAUGUGUCAUGUAGAAUAUCCCAUUAGAGCUCUUGGAUAUGCUGUAUAUCACAUUAAAAUUGAGUUUUGAACAAAGCUUUUAUCAGUGUUCCUCUGCAGUGAGUGAGGAAAGGCUUGGGACAGAUCACACCACAGUCUUACAUUUGAUGUGCAAUACUGCAAAAAUGACGUGAAUAAAUGUUUUUUUUUGAUGGAGCUUUCUUCAACACAGGGAUCCUGUAUCCUGUGUAUGUCUGCAGUCGCUGCCUGUAAUUGUCCACGUUUUCCAGCUGUGUCGGCGGUGGUCUCUUGUCCUCACAUCUGGACCACGUUAGUAACUUCCUGUCACAGCAUCUGCUCUGCCCCCAUCCCACAGAGCCAGAGGCAGACCUGACAGUCUUCAGAUAGUGCUGUGAGUAAAGCAUGUGUGCACAAUGGUGUGUGGGUGCUGUUCACUAUAUAAACUAUAGUGAACUUAAUCAAAACUAUAUACUAUAUUAAAAUGGUGAUAUAAACUUGAAAAAUGUAAUUCUGUAGCAUUCAAGUUUUCUAUAUAUGUAUGCAAAACUUGAGUAAAACUGAAAAUGAAAUUACAAUAAUCCAUUUUGCAUUUUCACAUACUCAUGCAGUGUGGGUGUCCUAUGACCAUAUGAAAAUGGAAAAGCUGUCUGACAUUUAGUUUUCAAAGUCGUACAUUGGACAAUAUUCAAAUAUGAAUUCAAACUUGAAACUUAAAUUACACUAUAGCAACCUGAUUUUCCUUGAGGCUUGGAUGGACUGUGUAUUAAAAAUACAGGGAUGGAAGAUUCAAUUGUUUUGUAACCAGAAAAUAAAAAGAAACGCCUGAGGGCUGUAUUCCAUACAUGUGAGUAACAGAUGCAUUAUGCCAGUCAUUGUGCAAACUUUGAGCAAAUACAAACCAGGCUUUCGUUAAUGAAAAAUGAAGACCUGAUGUUUCAUCUAAGAGCUAAAGAAAGUGACAGAAAUCACCCUUGAGUGUUUGGAUUGACAUUUUCUUCGGCAGUUACAUGCUUACACGCAAACAACAGUUCAAACAUAAUGCUUAGGUUAAAACUUUUAGGUUUUUAGUUGAGAAGACAAUCAUUUAGUAGCUUUUCUGGAGUUUCCGAUCGUAUCAUAUAACACAUUUAAGAUUAAUCUGGACUUUUGAAACAGCAGUUUAAAAAAAUCUUAUCACAAGAGACAACAACUUGUCAAUUGUUACAAGGUUGUAGCAGGCCUUUUCAGUGAUUCCCCUGUUGUAGGUUACCUUAGGGCACAGUCUAAUUGUUGGGUAAAUUCUCAGGAAAAUAUAUUUGUCUGUUCAGUUGUGUGGGCUGGAAAAAUCUACCCGAUUCAUCUGUCACAUAAUAAAUUUUACCAUGAACUUGCCUGAGGUAGAACUGAACUUCAUAUUGCAACACAACAAGAGGAACAUGUGGAUAUCAGGUAGUUGAUCUGGGAUUGUUUGAAAUUUCUCUAAAGUUCAAGAUGUUCUUUUGCCUUUGCUUCAUUUCAUUUUGUGUAUUUGUGGAUUAAACUGAGGAGCUGUGAUUCAGACUUUCGGGGGUUCACUGAAAAGGAGAGAACAGCGUCUUCACUUAGCAGAACUUUUCCAGUUGAAGAAUAUGAAAAAUGAGUCUGCCGCAUGUCAACAAUGACAUCAGUUCUUCACCAGGACGAGCACAAGAAAUUACGAACAGUUCAGUUUCUCAGUUAUUAAAUCAACAGUUUAUUUCCAUCUCAGCCGUAUAGCCAAACACUUGUCUAUUGCUAAAUCUUCCUGGAAAUGUGUUUUCAUGAUGUGCCAGUGAAAUAUUGGGUUAGCAGUACAAGGCACGACAAAGGAAUAAUUUACAAUCUGUGCUCAGUAAGUCAAACCUGACUGAAUAGAUCGUAAAAUGGUCUCCAUAUGUAAACUGUGAACUCCCUGAUAGUGGUAAACACUGAGCACGUGGGUGUAGCUGUUGGAACGGUUACUGUUGUGGCCAUACAGUCUACAGUCGUUAUAAAUAAAUAAAUAAAUAAAUAAGAUCCUGUCCCUGGCACACCACACGCAGCCGCCUCCUCCUCCUCCUCCUCUGCGAUACCCUGUGGAGGGGAAUGAGGUGCUCCUACAGUCUCAGCACGCACAGCUGUAGCUCUUUCCCUCUGAAUGCACCAACACAAUCCACAAGGUCCUGUGUCGCCAGUUGGUGCUCUCUGAACACAGCAAAUUCCCAGUCCCCUUCAGUGUGUAACUGUACGAAUGUAAAAAGGAGAAGAGAAUGGGUUGGCCUGUGAUUCAACUUGUCCACCUUCACAUUCAAAUUCUGGUCACUGUCUUAACAUGUGAAGCUCAUUACAGGCCUGGUAUAGACAGUUUUAUAUGUUAGUUUAUGUCUUCACCAUUUUGUAAAAACACCAGAAUAAAGGGUUUGACUAUUCUAUUUAAUGACUUUAUUAAUGGAUAAAAUAUUUACUAUUGCUUUAUGGAUCAGUCACAAGUCAUUAAUUAGGACCACCUCUGGGUUGUCAUGUAAAAAUAGUCAAGGGUCACAGGUUCCUCGUUUUCUUAUAAGCCAACAGAAAAAGUUAGUAAGUUAUCUCUAAAUAUAAAGGCAUUAAGAAUAAUGACUUUUAGUUGUCUCUGUUUGUUUUUUGAUAUAUGUGUAUUGUACUGUAUGUGUACCCAAUACUCCCUAGAAAGCUGUUCUGUUGAGUGAAUUAUCCUGGAGAAAUAAAGUAAACUGAAUAGAACUGGAUCACUGUAAAUUCAACAAACGUAUUAAUAAAUGGUUUUGG